GUAAGCACGUCUUUGAAGUACGAAAUGAAAAGAAAAACCACAGAAAGACGAUAGAGAGCUUCGUAUUAUCUCUUGUGUUUAUGAGCAAAUGCUACGCGUUUAACUCGAUCAAACAUGAAUCAGGAGAAGUAUCCGCGAUCAUCCAUUGAGGAUGAUUUUAAUUAUGGCACGAACGUUGCGACGGCGAGCGUCCACAUCCGGAUGGAUUUCCUCCGCAAGGUCUACACCAUCCUGUCAUUGCAGAUUAUCAUCACCACUGCUGUAUCUGCCCUUUUCAUGCUCUGUAACCCCAUCAAAAACUUUGUGCAUGAAAGUCCCUUGCUGGUGUUGAUAUCUGCUAUCGGGUCCCUUAUCCUGCUCCUCGCCUUGGCUGUGUACCGUCACCAGCACCCCAUCAAUCUUUACUUGCUGUUUGGAUUUACUCUGUUGGAAUCUCUGUCUGUAGCCACUGCGGUGUCAUUUUAUGAGUACACCAUAGUGCUCCAGGCUUUUGUGCUCACGUCUGCUGUGUUCCUGGGUCUCACUGCCUACACUUUCCAGUCUAAAAGAGACUUCAGCAAGCUCGGAGCCAGUCUGUUUGCUGGCCUGUGGAUCUUGAUCAUUGCAAGCUUUAUGAGGCUUUUCUUCUACAAUGACACAAUGGAGUUGGUCUUCGCUGGGGCCGGAGCGCUGCUGUUCUGCGGGUUCAUUAUUUUCGAUACUCACUUGCUGAUGCAUAAGCUGUCACCGGAGGAGCACGUCCUGGCAUCCAUCAACCUGUACCUGGACAUAGUUAACCUGUUCAUCUACAUCCUGCGCAUCCUCGACUCCAUGAAGAAACACUAAAUGUUAGAUGCUCUUCUUCACUUUCAGAGGUGAAUUCUGCGUGCAAUGCUGGGAGUGGUAUAAAAAUUAUAUUCUUUAAUUUAAAAGAUUCCAUGUACAAUAAGUUAUGUUGUAACUAAUCAAAUAAUAAUAAUAAUAAAAAAAGUUUACCACA